AUGGCCACCCCCAAUGUCCUAGCUUUUGACGCUGAGGGUAGAGCCAUUGACUUUGCAGUCUGGAUUGAGGACCUGCAGCUGUACUUACUGUGUGAUGCGGUCGAUGAGGUCUCUCUCUUUGACUUUGUCUCUGGCGCUGUCCCUGCCCCUCCUCCUGAUGCUUAUUCCGCCGUUCGCUCCAAGUGGGCGACCCGCGAUGCUGCUGCACGUCUUGCUGUGCGUCGCCACCUCCCUUCCUCCGAGCGUGCCCACUUUAGUCAGUGCAAGACCGCUCAGGCCUUGUACGACGCUGUAGUUGCACGCUACUCCUCCCCUUCCUCCGCUACGCUGAGCCGCCUCAUGCUACCUUUUCUCUUCCCUGACCUCGCUGCCUUUCCCACCGUCGCUGACCUCAUUACCCACCUCCGCGCUAGUGACGCUCGCUACCGCGCUGCCCUUCCUGCUGAGUUCCGCGCCGCCAACCCUCCUCCCAUGUACAUCACUCUCUACUUUCUUGUCACCCGUCUCCCUGAGUCCCUCCGUGUUGUUAGGGACCAGGGUGUUCUCCUUCCCCCCUGCUGCCCUCUGUCGCCUCUGCCGCUGCGGCCGACCUCACUGGUUUUGAGUCGGUCGGUGCGGCGUCUGCCCCCAGCGGUUGACGCCGCUCUGGCAAGGGCAAGGGGGGCAAGGGAGCGGGUGGAGCUAGAGGGGGCAGUGGCGGAGGAGGUGGGGGUGGCGGGGGGAGUGGGGGUGGCGGUGGAGGUGGUGGCGGGAGUGGAGGUACUGGUGGAGGCGGUGGAGGCGGAGGUGGCGGCGGGGGCGGUAGCGGAGGAGGCGGGGGCGAGGGUACCAGUGGGGGCGGUGGCGGUGGAGACGGGGGCGGUGGUGGAGGCGGGAGUGGCGGUGGCGGCGGGGGUCAGAGUGUCUCGUCCCAGCGCAGCAGCUCUGGGGGUGGUCAGCGCCAGCAGCAGCAGCAGCAGCAACGCUCUCGCACCGUCCCCGUCCCUCAGCAGCUCCGUGAGUGGCACCCACACGGCCCGCCGCUGCUUUGGCCGCCUGACCGACGCCUGGCGUCAGCAGUUUCCGGAGGCCGCUGAGAUCCCCCGCUGGGGGGAGCUGUCUAGGGCUGGUGUAGCCAUUUAUGAUCUUGACUUUGAUGCUAUUCUUUCUGCUAUGUAUGUUGUGACUGGUAGUGAUGAGGAUGACUGUUACCGGUGUUUCCCGCCCGACCCGGGCAUUGGUACUGCUGCGUCAGGUACUAGUGAGGCUGCUGCUCUAGGUGCCAGUGUGUCUGAGCUCUCAGGUACUGGUGAGUCUGCCCUCUCAGGUACUGUGUCGGCUUCGGCCUCUCACACCUUCACACUUGACUCUGGAGCGUCUCGCUCCUUCUUUCGGGACCGCACUACUCUCACGCCGCUGAGUCGGCCGGUUGCGGUGUCCCUGGCUGACCCCUCUGGGGGGCCUGUCCUGUCUUGCUUCUCCACGGUACUUCCGUGUCCGGCGGCCCCCUCUGGCACCCUGUCUGGUCUCUACCUCCCCUCGUUCUCGACGAACCUGGUGAGUGGUGCUGACCUACAGGAUGCGGGUGUCCUUCACUCCUGCUCGUCAGCGGGUGACCCACUGCACGGAGGCUAG